CAACGCUGGCCCAGCGGACGUCGUCGUGCAAAACGCGCAGUGCCGUAUCGAUCGUUACGUUGGCAAGUUGGUUCGUUUUAUUGGUUCGUUUCUUCGCUCCGAACGAUGGCUGGAAGCGUUUGUGAAAGUGGGAAAUAUUUUCCAGUCGGGUUGAUUGGUAUACUUUUAAUUGGUGCUACCCUGGGCAGUCCUCUGCCCCAGCAGGACGAUUACAGCAGUAACGAGAUUGAUUAUGAGGUGAGCGUGCCGAUCACAACGACCAGUACCAGCACCACAACGACAGAGUAUCCAUAUGCGGCAAUAGCAAGAGCGUACUCAUCGCCUCCGGACAAGGUGGGAACUAUCCAGUACUCGUCCGGUGUCCACAAAUUUCGCGUUGGUCACGACGAGGACGAACAGAAGCGUUUGCUCGAGGAGUAUUACUAUCACUUCGAAAGGGUGGAAAAGAAUCUUCCACCGACCACACAAAAGUAUAAUUUUGCACCGCCUAGUAAAUAUUAAGUGAAGACUUUGCCAGUGAAAUGAAAGUUAAUUAUACAGUUAAGAUUCGAAAACGGAAUAAAUUAAAUGUUUUAAUUACUCGGCCGUAA